GGGUGCCCAAGAUUUACUUCUGCCUUUCACGCCACCCAUCUGGAAGAGGAACACAUUGGUAUCCUUGUCUCUACAUCAUCUCUUGUCCACUUUACACACCAAAUCCUUUACACCACACCAUACCUUAACCCAGAGGCGGAAUCUAAGAACUAAGUAGCAUUCUGAAGCGUUGAAAGCUACAAAAAUGGUCAACUGGAAGAGUGCCGAUGCCACUGAACGCCUCAUCAGUGCUUUGAUCGCAGCUCACCCUAGCCUUAAGCUCGAUUACAACGGAAUGGCAGCCAUGUAUGGUCGCUCUGCAAGUUAUGAUUCGAUCGAAGGCCAGUUCCGUAAAUACCGUCGCCAGGCCGAACAACUCAAGUCGGAAGCCGCCGCGAACGGAGUCUCUGUCCCUCCCCGUGGCCGUGGAAACGGAGGCACACCCCGGACUCCUCGUGGUCCUCGAGGACCAAGAAAUGGUGUCACCAAAUCCACCCCGUCGAGCGGGAAAAGUCACCGCAGCAAUCUCGACGCAAAGAUUCUAUCGACCCCAUCCAAGAAGGGCGGUUUGGGCAAGCGCGGCCAAAGCGUUGUCGACGCCAUCAACCUCGACGACGACUCUGACAUCAGCAUGUUGAACAUCAAGACCCCCGUUCAGAUUAAGUCUGAGAAAGUCGAGUCUGGCAGUUCGUUCACGGAUGAAUACAAGACCGAAACCAGCGUUCUCAGUAGCAUCGAGAAUGCGAGAGAUGACAAAGACAAGCAGCUCCCUCAAACGGCUGAUAGUCUGUUGGACCCAAAGCAGGAGAGAAUCAAUAGCCAGACCAACGGCUAUGCCGACUCUGCAGCAGCUUUUGCUGCGACUGAUACUACUGCUUUCGAUGGAUCAUUCAUGGCAAGCUACUUCACCGGUGCAAAUCAGGCUGAAUAUCCUGAUCUCGACGAGGGCUUUUACCACGAAGUCGUCUAGGCUAUGGUAGAUUCAGAGCUGCAACGAGAGUUCCGUGCAGAAUAAAAGAACACGAAAACUGAUGGAUUCCUGGGAAAUGGUAGUUUGUUCUGUGGGUUCUCGGGCAUAGAAACCACAAUUAUUUACACAAUGUGGCCCUCA